AUAUAAUAUAUUUUUUAAUAUGCAAUUAGCAUUAGCAGCUAAAUACAUCGGUGCCUCUAUCGCCACUUUAGGAUUAGGAGGUGCAGCUAUCGGUAUCGCUUUAGUUUUCGUAGCUUUAAUUAACGGAACUUCAAGAAACCCAUCACUUAGAGCCACUUUAUUCCCACAAGCCAUUUUAGGAUUUGCUUUAGCCGAAGCCUAUAUUGGUAUACUUUAUUUAAUCUAUGGUAUGAUUGCAGCAAUGGUUGCAACAGGUAUGUCCGUAAUUAUAAGAAUAGAAUUAUCAACAGGUAGUUCUCAAUUCCUAUUAGGUAAUAAUCAUGCUUUUAAUGUUUUAGUUACAGCACACGCUAUCGCUAUGAUUUUCUUAUUUGUAAUGCCAGUAUUAAUUGGUAGUUUUGGUAAUUUCUUUUUACCAAUAUUAAUAGGAGCAGUAGAUAUGGCAUUCGCAAGAUUAAACAAUAUUAGUUCACAUUCUGGACCUAGUGUUGACCUUGCUAUAUUUGCUUUACAUUUAACAACUAUAUCAAGUCUAUUAGGAGCUAUUAAUUUUAUAGUAACAGUUUUAAAUAUGAGAACAAUAGCUAUAUUCUUCACUGCUAUAUUAUUAUUAUUAUCUUUACCUGUACUUACAGCAGCAGUAACAUUAUUAUUAUUAGAUAGAAACUUCAAUACAGGUUUCUACGAAAUCGGAGCAGGUGGUAAAAGAGAUUUAAGUAUUAUAAUACAAUCAAAAGAUUUAAAUAUCUUAAAUUAUAUUAAAGAUAAUUUAAAUCUAGGUAAUAUACAUUUAGAAUCAUCUAAAAAUAAAAUAUAUAAAUAUGAAAUCAAUAAACAAAAUGAUAUUCAUUUAUUAUCUUUAUUAUUUAAUGGUAAUUUAGUUUUACCAAUAAAAUUAAUAAAAUUAAAUAUAUUUAUAUCUAAAUUAAAUGAAAAAUUAAUUAAGAAUAAUGAAAAUAUUAUAAUAAUUAAAAAUAAUUGUGUAUUACCAUCUUUAAAUGAUUUCUGA